CAAAGCUUCAAUUUUGAAAUUCUGACAGGAAGUAGUUUGUGUUUUUGUAUUGUCGUCGCAGAUUUGACGUCCUCCGCAGUCAAUAAAGCGCAGCUAGCAACUAAACUGUCUCGCAUCGACCCCGCAUAGAGAGCGGACUCUGCGGGGCUGCGGAGCCGCCGUGAACAUGUCCAGACACGGUCGGUACGGAGGAGAAACAAAGGUGUAUGUGGGGAACCUGGGGAUGGGGGCGGGGAAAGGUGAGCUGGAGCGGGCCUUUGGGUACUACGGGCCCCUCAGGACCGUCUGGAUCGCCAGGAACCCUCCGGGCUUCGCCUUUGUGGAGUUUGAAGACCCUCGAGACGCUGACGAUGCUGUGCGAGGGUUAGACGGAAAGGUGGUUUGUGGGAGUCGGGUCCGGGUCGAACUCUCCACCGGGACACCUCGUCGCUCUCGGUACGACCGACCUUUGACACGUCGACCAUUUGACCCCAACGAUAAGUGUUAUGAGUGUGGAGAGAAAGGUCACUAUGCCUACGACUGUCACCGCUACAGCCGCCGGAGGAGCAGGUCCAGGUCUCGCUUCACGUCCCGUGGGAGGCGUUACUCCCGCAGCAGGAGCCGAGGGAGGAGGUCCAGGUCUUUCUGUCCUCGUCGCUCCCACUCAGUCUCUCCCAGAAGAUCCGGAUCUGCCACACCUAGGAGGUCCAGGACCAGAUCAAGGACCCGGUGCAGGUCCAAGUCCAGGUCCAGGUCGGGUUCUCGAGGCCGGAGCAGGUCUGGAUCCAUGGGUCAGUCUUGCUCUGGAUCUCCAGCUAGAACUUGCUCGACCUCAGGGAGUCCUGCUGCAGACUGAUGAUCAGCUGAAUGUUUUUCUGUUUUUCUGUCUGUGAAUUGAUUUGAUUGUUAUGAGUUUUUCUAUGAGCAGACUGUGGUCUACCUUCAGAUUAUUGAAUAUUGAUGAUUGAUUAUUGUUGUUCUAGUCUGCCUGAGAACCUGUAGAGUUUAUGAUAUGAGGAGCUGAGUGUAUGUGUCAAUGAUCAUCUGAAAACAAUAAAG